AUCUGGGGUAUUAUGUGGGACGUGUAGUAUCUCAAUAUUAUUGGACGUCCGGUCCCUUAAUAAUUUUAAAUAAAAGAUAUUUGUGUUUUUUUUUUACCUGUGACAAAUGGAGUUUGAGAGUCCAGACGUUGAAAAAGAAUUCCCAGGGUUAUUUGCAUCCCAGAUGCGCGGAGCCCCAGAGGCAGAGCCUGACGAUGAGGCUCGUGGACGUCGACGAGACCGUAAAGAGCGCAAAGACAAGGGCUAUGCAGCACUGUCGGGUGAGAGCAGUAGCCCCGAGAAGGACACCAAGAGCCCAACCAGGAGUGGCAAGAAGAAGCCUUUCAAGUUCAAGAAGGAGCGCCGCGAUAAAUCCCGCCCAAGGCCCCCAUUACCAGUAUUUGGAGUGGAUUUAGAACUUGCAGCUCGACGUUCUCCAUGUCUUGAUGGGGUGACAUUGCCCCUGCCAAUGCGACAUGCCCUUGACUGCCUCAGGACACACUCAGACGGUCGUCAAUCACCUACUCCAGCUCAACGGUCAGCUGUGGCUGAUCUUCGGGCUGCUUAUGAUGCCAGGCGUCUCGAUGCACCACAAGGAUUGUGUCCGACCGUUGCUUGGGAGCUACUCAGGCUUUUUCUAGCAUCACUGCCACAUCCAUUGCUGCCCACGGCAAUGGCGCAGCAGUUAACAGCUGCUCCCACUGCGAGUGCCGUUGAAGCACUUCCAGAAGUUCAGCGAACUGCAUUGGCAUGGCUGGUGUGUCACCUAGAUGUUUUAGAAGCCAAGCACUGUCCUCUUGCAACACUGACAGCAGCUGCACGGAUUCCAUCGCGUCUUUUGAGUCGUCUGCACUCCCAGUCUAGUGAUUUCUUUCCCUGGUGUCAUCCUGAGGUUCAUGUGGCACCUCUGGUGGCUGCUGGAACCGCCACUCCGCCCCUUCCUGAUCAUCCGGCCGAAGUGGCAGCUGAACUGGGACGCCAGGAGCGUCUUCUUGCACUCAUUCAUUCUGACAUGAGUGAGGGUUUGGUGUGUGAGCAGCGGGAAGAGCAAUUAUGGUGUGUCCAGCGCAUUGUCACUCAUCUGAAGCGUCGGCUGCGCUUAGGACGCCUUCAGUGGAACUCUGAGGCCUCUAUGUAUCUGCCACAUGCCACACAUCCCGAAGCUGAUGAGCUCAUUAAGUUGCAAGUCGAGCAUAAGCAUCUGCUGCAACUGAGCGAACGACUUCACCAACGUCUCACGGAAUUAACUGAAAAUACCAUCCAGAUGGCUGGAGAGGAAUCUUCAAUUGGUCCAGCUGCUGGCCAAACUGUAACUGAAGAAGAUACUCAAGUGGAAGCAAUUGUGGCAGAAAAUCUCAAACUAAUGGCAACUGCAAGUAAUCUUGCAGAAAAAAUUCAACAAAUCACCAUGGAAAAUCUGCAGCUUCAGGUGGAGGUCACCAUUGAGCAGGAAGCUCUCACACGGGAUACCGAGUGACAGAGCAAGGGAGAAUGAGGAUUAUUGAGACGGAAAUUUUUCAACUAAUAAGAAAUAAACUACACAUAAAACCUUUCUCCACUAAGGAAAUAAUUUAGCUUUAAGAAUAGUACCCAUAAAUGCUUAUAUGAAAUAUUUUAUGCCAUCCCUUUCUCUGAUUGGUUAGAGAUGAAAUGCUUUAUAAAACUUGAGCCAAUCAGAGAACGAGAAAGGCUAAAAAAUUAAAGAGAAAUAAAUGUGAAUCUUCUCUAAGGGCCUUGACAGACCUGAGGAUUAGCUGAGAGACGGCUUAGCGUAAUUAUAUUAGAAAUAAUGGUUAAACUACAUUUCCAUCAUUUUCCUAUAAGUCGUCUCUCAGCUUAAAUCGUAAGUGUGUCUAGGGCAUAAGGCUUUUAGAAACUACCCUGAAAAAAUAGUUUUGUCAAAUUAACAUGUAAAAUUUUGUCAAAAGGAUCCAUACUACUGCACAGAAUAUGGAAAAGUUUUGUCAGAUUGGUGAACAACAUCCUUUAGUUUUAGAUAAAAUUUUAACAAAAUCCAUUUGUCCGCUUAAUAAUUUUUUCCGAAUAGGAUCCAUUUUCGAAAAUUCUCUGAAUAGUAUUUUUUGCAAUUGCGAUUUUUUUUCCUAUAUUGUAAAUGUAGUUAUUGGAAUAAAUUAAUUAUUUUAAAAUGGUAA